UCUGCACAGCAAAAACUGCUGAAAGAAAAAGAAAAAUUGUGCAAGGGGAACCAUGGAGAAAAAAUCCGGGAAAGUGCUUUUUACUAUCCAGGUUCUGCCAAAAACACUUCUCGCACAAGCUAUUGCCCACCAAAAGAAAAAAAAAAAAUGCACAACCUAAAGAUGAGAAAACAUUUCAUGCCCCCAGAAAAUUGUCCAAAUAAUGGUCGAGCUCUUACAAGGUCUGUUAUCAGAUAUUGGUACAUUUGUCUAUGACCUUUUAAUCUUUAUUCGGCUGUCGUUGAAGCAUCACUGUUUGAGUAAACACCCUCCUCAAUCUGUUGGAAUUUGCAAUUCAAAACCCCUGAAGGUCACGCGAUCCACCUGAAGAAUCACGCAUGUUUGCUGGGAGAAUUAUUGCAAGACCUUGUUUAAGAGCCAGCCAGCAUCCUUUUUGCGUUGUAGAAAGCAAUAGAAAACGAUUGUUCAUCUGAGAAACCUGAAAAAAAGAUUAAUCUAUAAUUCGUGACAGAACUUUUUACUCGUGUUUACUUUUCAUUGAAGGGACGCUAUSACCAUUGAAGCGUGACGUCUGUUACAAACGUGAUUAAAACUCUUAUGUCACUCGGAUCACACAAUGGAAAUUCAAACGUUUAGCAAUUGGGAUCCAUUGAUAGUGUUUUCCACUGUGAUUUUGCUGUUGAUACUAAUCUACUGGUAUGGCAUGCUUGGUUUCUCAGUCUUAAACCGACUGAAUGUUCCCGGUCCAAAACCCCUGCCGUUUGUCGGGAAUAUUCUGGAGGUGCGAAAGUAUGGAAGCAUUCAUUUGAUGAUAUUCGAUUAUGUGAGAAAGUACGGCAAGAUCUUUGCGAUUUCGCUGGGUAGGAAACCAUCUUUGGUCGUGGCAGAUCCUGAAAUGCUGAAGACGAUCAUGGUCAAGGAGUUUGCGACGUUUCACAACCGAAUGAUGCCGACUCCACCACCACCGAUGGGUUCAAACGUGUUCUCCGCGCGUGACGAGACGUGGAAACGAAUUCGCAACAUUCUGACGCCCUCGUUCAGCGCGAGAAAAAUGAAGCUGAUGGUUUCACUGAUAGAGGAAUCGUGUGAUGUGCUUCUGAAAAAACUUGAGAGUAUAGCUGAUACUGGUAAAACGGUGAACAUCAUGGACUGGUUCAGCAUGCUGACGUUAGAGAUUAUACUUUCGUCUGCUUUUGGCAUCAAAGCUGACGUGCAAACUGAUCCAGAUGAAAAACUCCUGACGAAGGCAAGGCAGUCAUUUCGAUUCCCCUUUGUACUGCGCAUUGUGGGUCGCUUACCGGUCAUUAGAACAGUUCUACGGAUGGCCAUGAGAGGACGUAUGGGCUACUUCGGCACGCUUGCUUUGGAAAUGAUCCGCCAACGACGAGGGGAAGGUGAGACCAGCCGACAGGAUCUGAUGCAGCUUAUGCUAACAGCCCAUGAAGAGUUCACGGUCCAAGGAGCAAGCAAACUCACAGAUGAGGAAAUUGUCGCGCAGUGUGUGGCAUUCCUGUUGGCUGGGCAUGAAACCUCGAUGAUCACUCUCUCCACCACCGCUUACCAUUUGGCGUUAUAUCCCGACAUCCAGGAGGAGUUACGAAAGGAUAUCUGUCGGCACACUGAGCACAAUCCCAGCGCUACCCUGUACGAGUUGUCGCACGGUAUUGAGUACCUUGACUGCGUCAUAAACGAAACCCAGCGACUGUGUCCUCCGGCGCACCAGCUGAAUCGAGAGUGCGGCCAAGAUUGCGAAAUCAACGGCAUCUCUAUUCCCAAAGGUUUGGAGAUUGUUAUUCCGUUUUAUGCUCUUCACCAUGAUCCUGAGGCCUGGCCAGAGCCAGAGAAGUUUGACCCCGAGCGAUUUCGCGGUCCCUCUAAAGACACCCGGCAUCCAUAUCAGUACCUUCCGUUUGGAGCUGGCCCAAGAAAUUGCAUCGGCAUGAGGUUUGCCCUGAUGGAGAUCAAGAUUACGCUGGUGAAAAUCUUGAUGAAGUACAAGUUUGUGUUAUCUCCCGAGACUCAAGUGCCCCUGGCAAUGCACGCUGGCAAUACGCUCUCUCCACGAGACGGGGUUCACCUAAGGAUCGAGACCAUUUAGAGCCAUCUACAAGAACAUCGCCUUUCCUCAGGUACCUUUAGGAAAUUAUUUUACACCACGGUAGCUUAAACAGAGGCAUGACUGGCUAUUUCUUCUUAUUUUGUAAUUAUAGUUAGAGUGUUUCAAAUCGUGUAACCUACAGUGUUUUUGAAAGAGGAAAAUUUGAUGCCUGUCUGGCAUGGGAUCUAACAUGGAGUUUAGGAAGAAUUAGUGAUUUCAAGAAAGCCUUCGACUCUGUAAGUAGAGAUUUCUUGUUUCGUACUCUGUCUGCUUUUCAUUUUGGACCUUCUUUCAUACAAUGGAUUCACACAUUUUAUAACAAUAUAUCGAGCUGUUGUUUGAACAAUGGUUUUUCCACUGCCCCGUUUGAAGUACAGCGGGGGGUUAGGCAGGGAGAUCCGCUAUCCUCCUGUUUGUUUAUCAUUGUCUUGGAGACUUUGACUAUUAGUAUACGCAGUAACAAAAAUGUCUAGGAUAUUAUGGUGGAUGGAGAAGAAAUUAAAUUGGAACUUUUUGCAGAUGACGUAACAACUUUUUUGUUAAAUGAUAAUUAUUUAUUGAAGUUCUUGGAGCUAAAAAGUUUUGGAGAGUGUUCUUGACUCAAAAUAAAUCAUGAUAAGUCAGAAAUGAUGUUACUUGGAGAUUGUGCUUACUCAUCACUCAACCAUAACCCUUUUAAAAGUAUGAAAAUAAACGCAUAUGUUAAAAUUCUGGGGAUUCAUUUCACUUAUGAUUAUCGCAUCAAACAAAAGAUGAACUUUGACGGAUUGAUUAUAUCUAUUAAGGAUAAGUUAAGGAUAUGGAGGUGGAGAGACCUCAUUAUUAUUGGCAGAAUUCAAAUUGUCAAGACAUUCAUUAUUCCAAUAUUCCUUUAUCGAGCAAGCAUGAUCUGCUUAGACAAAGAACUUGUGAACGAGGCCAACAAAAUUAUCUUUAACUUUAUUUGGAAAGGAAAAGACAAAAUCAAACGCCUAGCGCUUAUUAGUGAUAUCGAAGAUGGCGGACUCAAAGCUCCACACCUAGACUCCAUAAUUAAAACCCAGAGAAUACUUGUUGCAAACGACUCGCAAGUGAGCAACCCAGCAGUUGGAAAACUAUACUUCUGCAUUACCUAAAACCUGUUGGAGGUAAAGUUAUCCUAUGUUGCGACUUUGAUGUAAAAACCUCACCCAUCAAGCUUCCAGCGUUUUAUGAGGAAUGCCUUAAAUACUUCCCAGAAUGCUCUGUAGCAAACCAAGGCAGCUUGCAAUACCCCACCAAUGUGGAUCUUUCAAAAAUAAU